GUUCCGCCCGCUGCUAGGAACACGUGAAAUGGCGGGCGGGAGAGGGCGGUGAACCUAUGGCGCCUGCGUAGUGGCGGGAGUUGUGCCCUGUUUUGCGCAGGCGUUAUGGGCGGAGAAAGGGUCCGGUUCCAGGAUUGGUUGCGCAGGCGCAGGGAAGGAUCCGUUUUGGCGGGCGGUUGGCGUUGCGCAGAAGGCGGCGGCAGCGGUGGCUUGUGGUUCGGCCCCACCACAGAGGAACAGGGCAGACGUUAGUGUGAGUGAUCACUCUCGAUCCCGGGAACCCCCGUGGCCUUAGUCCUUCAGGUGGAAUAGUGUGCGACAUGGGAAAGAAAACCAAGAGGACAGCUGACAGUUCUUCUUCAGAGGAUGAGGAGGAAUAUGUUGUGGAGAAGGUGUUAGACAGGCGUGUGGUUAAGGGGCAAGUGGAGUAUCUCCUGAAGUGGAAAGGCUUUUCUGAGGAGCACAAUACUUGGGAACCAGAGAAAAACUUGGAUUGCCCUGAGCUAAUUUCUGAGUUUAUGAAAAAGUACAAGAAGAUGAAGGAGGGUGAGAAUAACAAACCCAGGGAGAAGUCAGAAAGUAACAAGAGGAAAUCCAAUUUUUCGAACAGUGCUGAUGAUAUUAAAUCCAAAAAAAAGAGAGAGAGCAAUGAUAUCGCUCGGGGCUUUGAGAGAGGACUGGAACCAGAAAAGAUCAUUGGGGCGACAGAUUCCUGUGGCGAUUUAAUGUUCCUAAUGAAAUGGAAAGACACAGAUGAAGCCGACUUGGUUCUUGCAAAAGAAGCUAAUGUGAAAUGUCCACAAAUUGUGAUAGCAUUUUAUGAAGAGAGACUGACGUGGCAUGCAUAUCCUGAGGAUGCGGAAAACAAAGAGAAAGAAACCGCAAAGAGCUAAAGGAGGGGGUGGUCUCUGUCAUUUCUCUUUGUACAUAAUACAUUCACCUCCCUGCCUCUCCCUUCUGCCCACCCUCUUCUAUCCUAAACACAUCCAUAAAAAAAAUGUGCUUAUCACUGUGCUCCACAGGAGAAAUGUUGGUAUUGGUUCUCUUGUAACAUAACUGAUGGUCUGAUUCAUGAUAAGUGUCUUUCUGUGAAGACCAGGCAUUUACAUACUGUGUGUAAUUCCCACAGUUUUUUCCUUUGCCCUUAUCUCUUCCUUCUACUCCCCUGUGACCUCAAGAUGAGUUUUUAACUUUUUAAUCACCUUAGAGUCUUGAUCUUUUCAGGGUUGGUUGCUUUUUAGAUUGGGGAUUUUAUUACAAUGAUGAUGAAUUUUGGUUUCUUGCUUUGUUUCUUAGAAUGUGUUGAUGACCAGCUGGCCUUUGUUUUGACAUGUUGGGAUGGAAAGAAUAUUGCCCAUCUUUUAAAAAGCCAAUAGCAACUGCCUACCUGUUGGGACUUUCCCAACCUUCUUUAGCUCUACCCAGGAGAAUACAGGGUCCCUGGCGUGGUCUUCUUCUGGGCCACCCUCUGUUUUUCAUCCUCAACCAUCCUCCCAAAAUGACUCCGUCCUUUGGAGGACUUGAAAUUUUAUGUUGAAAUUUGUCAAGGCUCUCCUUUUAACCCUGGGACUUUUCGGCCUUGUUCUUAGCAAUCCCUGAUUCUCCUUCUGUAAGUUUGUCAUAAAAUGGCAAGAUAAUUAACUGUGGAUAGUCUAAGCUAUGGAACAGGAGGAUGAUGGGGUAGGGGCAAGAUACAGUUGUCUUUAUCACACAUGGUAUGUAUGUAUUCUUUCCCUCCAUCCCUCAUAUUUAGACUGUAUUUAUAUAGGUGUGAGUGAUUGCCUGGUGCUUGCUUGUGCCAAGGUGCUAGGCACCCUCCAACCCUGCCAACUUUUGUGGCCUCCCAAAGCAUUCCUGUUACCAAAGAGGCUUCAAACCUGACUCUCACUUCUCAGUGAACCUACGUUGCCCUUCCAUGCCAUUAUUUUCAGUGGAGAAUUAUUGGAGGGGAGCCAUUGGCCCCAAUAUCAAUUUUAAAUAUUCAUUAAUAAUUAUAGUCAUAGGUUUCCUGCUUUUUUGACUCCUGGAUUUGCCAAAAGUUCCCAAAUUAUUAAUGCUCUUCUCCUUUUCCACCCUCAAAGUUUUAUUUGUAUCUUAUUUUUAAAAACCCAUUUCCAUGGAAAACUAUCAUCUCAGAAAGUGGCAGGUCCUGGCAUUAGCAUGUUGACACAACCUUUACUCCCUACUGAGCCAAAUAGUUCCCUUUUGCUUUGCUAUGAGAGAUUUUCUGAUCAUAUCCUUCUGCCUUUGUCCCCCAAACAAUACCCUACUUCUCUUUAUCCUUUUCUUACAAUUGAGAGGGCUAGAGAAUCAGGACUAAAGGAAGUAGCAGGGUUUGAGCAUCCUUGUCCCAACCUCAAAGCUGAGGAAAUAAGAAUAAAUGCUUAAAGUAGCCUUAAUUUUAGAGUUUGCCAGCCACUGAGGCUGUUUUGUUGUUGCUUUUGAUUUUUAAAACAUGUAGCUAUCUGUCCAGGAGCAUUAAGCCAUUGCUAGAUUAUUCAUAGUAAUGAGGGGAAUGGUGGAUUGCUCCAGUCCACAGAUGAGCCAAAUAAUAUGCAAAUCAUAUACCCAUUCAUAGCAUUUGUUACAUUGCUUCCCUGCUCAGCUGCUGAUUGAAUUCUGUAUGCUUGUAUAAAUUAUGUCAAAAAUUAUACUGCACAGUUGAGAAGACAGCUGUUGCUGCAGUGACAGGACAGACUGGAACAAUGAAGCUCUUGGUGUAAGUCAGCUAGGAAAAUCUUUCUGAAUGGCAGUGUGAUUGGGGGAGAGCUCAUAACCCAUACCUCACAUGGGUAGGAAGGAGUUUUAUCUCCAUAUUCCUUUGCUCUCUGAAGGAAUUAAGUGCUGGAUAACUAUUGACAGUCGUUUGUACUUACAUCUGAUGAGUAUCAACAAAAUGAUCAGAAAACAGAUUUUUCCUACAAGUAAUGUAGGAUAUCAGGGUAGAAUAGGGCAAAAGAUGUCCAGAGCUCCUGAGGAGGGGAUCACCUAGGUCACCUUGACUUGCUGCUGGAGAAAAUGCUAACCUAUUUAAGUAACCAGUGCAUGCCUCCCAGUGAUAGCAGGUAUAUGAACUGCAGUGAGCAUAUUUUUAAAACCAGAAAUAUAGCACAUGGGCAAGGAAAACAGCAGUGUUUGGUACUGAGAUUGAUCCAAUUGGUUUUUGAAACCUGAUACACAGUGUUUUGCUGUGGCUAUAGAUGAUAUUUAACACAUUCAUUGAAAUCUGAAUUUCUUUUACCAAAAUAACCCUAGUGUCAUCCAUCACCCUUUAAUGCUCUUCAUUCCAUCUUCUUAUGUCUUCAGUUAAUGGAAUCAUGGUUUUCUAAUGAGUACCGUCAAAACAACUAUAGUUCUCUCCUUGCUACUCACAGCUGGCUCUGUAGGAAUGUAGGGAACCAGAGUGCCAAUACUAAUUUCAGCCCUCAGCACAAAGGAAACCAGAUGCCUGCCUGUACCUCCAGCAUUUGUUGGUGCUGAGUAGUUUUCUCUCCCUUGGAGAAUUGCAGCCUCAGACAAAUUUGUUUCAUGGAACUUUCUCCUCUCUGAGGAGUUUGUAGCCAUGGGUAAAGCACCCACUCACACAGACACAUGCAUACUGAGGAUUGAACCCAGGGGUGCUCUAUCACUGAGGUAUAUCCCUAGACCUUUUUAUUUUAUUUUGAGAUCGGAUUUCACCAAGUUGCCCAAGCUGGCCUCCAACUUGAAUCCGGCCUCAUCCUCCCAAGUAACUGGGAUUACAGAUGUGCCAUUGCACCCAGUUUGCAAAGAAAGCACUCCUAAAUGCCUAGGUCUCAGGUGCUCAAGGUGUAUUUUUCUUGCAGUUAGUCCUCUUUCAAAACAUCUUUCUAAUGCUGAAUUUCUUCCAGUAAUCGGCAGUAAGCGAUAUCAUAUCCCUUUCUAUAGAGUUUAUCAGAGCUUUUCGAGUAGAGUCUACUAGGGACAGCUUAGCAGGUCUUCUGAUCCCCAGGACUGCACAUAUGGCUCUCAUGUUAAGGUCCACUGUUGGGAAGGUUGGUCUGGAUGGCAGUGCCCAUUUUAAACCUGAGAGAGCCAUAUUGUUUUUUUCUUGUUCAGACAGCUCUCAGGAGCACCUGUGGUGCUCCCAGCACUGACAACUCUAGAUAGAUGGUCCUUGGCUGUCCCCCAACCGCAUUUGCAUACUUUCUGUUGAAGAAGGGUUGAUCCUGUUCCCAAAGCUGGGGCAGUUACCCUUAACUCCUUUCAUUCCUGUUCUGGAACUACCUGCUAUUCACUUUACAUUCAGGCCAAAUCACAGGGCACUGGGAAAGGUUUUAGGACUUUCAUCUUGAGUGUUUUUGGGCGUGUGCUUUAAUCCAGCUCACUAAGGAACAGUGAGGGAACAGUGUUUGAGCUGAGGAAUCAUUGUCUCUGGCACUAGAUUUCAAAUUUGAGGAUCUAAAACUACUUUGUCAUGAUGUGUGAACCCAUUAGAGUUGAACUGAGGAAUCUCAAAAAUGGGUUAAAGGAAAAGGAUUCGUGUCCCCCAUCCUUUUGGUUUAAAUUUUGAGAGUAAAAGUUACGGUUAGUUACAGGCUAACUAACUACAAUACAGACUUGAGGUCUGUAUUAUAAUUGAAUCAUCAGGCAUGCCUGUACCAAGGCAGAGAGAGAGGAAAGGUCUGGAGUCACUGUUACAGUUUGACAUUGACACCACUCCCUAAUGAAGAUUGUUUUCAAAAACAGAGAGUGCAUCCAGCCUUACAUAAAAAAGCAUAUGCUCUGAAUUGGGUGCCCCGAGUUUUGCAUUGGGCCAUCUGAAUUCCAGCCACAUUAAUGUACAUCAGCAUUGGUGGUUUCAUUCAAACAUUUUUUGAUCUGGGAAUACAAAGUUCUAAAAAGGGCCUUCCACGUAUACAAAGAAUUUUCAUACUGGUGUGGGAUGAACUGAUCAUUAAUAAUUUAGUAAAUGUUACAUGUGGGUGUAAAGUUCUGGUUUAGGGGCAGAGACAGCUGACUGAUAUGGUUUAGUUUGGGGCUGUAGAGUAGGAAGGUGACAUUAAUUAGUUUAGAUGUGGAAAAGACCUAUGGCUUUGGAUGAACUAACUGGGUCUUAACAAAAUUGUUUUCCAGAAAAUAAAUAAAGCUGAGCUAGUUAGAAAUGCUGUUAUUACCAAGAGAGAAAACAGGUGAGUGGGUACUGAGAACCCCUGAUUUGAGUCCCUGGUUUGGACUCUUCACCAAAGUAUUCAGAGCUGUCAUUAAUGCUUGUGUGUGGAAAGCCUUAGCUCUGUUGCAGAUCCAAUUGUGUGUAGGUUCUGUAACACUUCUUCAUGAUGUGUUAUUGAAGUUGCUGACACUAUUUCAGUUUAUCAUCCCUUUUGGAGGAGUGGACAUGAGGGGGGCUUUAAGCUUAAAAUGUACUAUCUAAUGGGAUUUGUUAAAAAAAAAAAAAAUGCUGGAGGCACACCUGUUAAUACCUGAGCAUCUACCUCUGUGUAGAGCAGUUUUAUUCAAGUACAACAGGAGAGUGAUUUCUCACUUGUGUCAGUUAAUGUGGUAACCUUUCCCAAAAAAAACACAUAACCUGGAGUCUCAAAUCAGUAGGAUGAAUUCUAACCCAGUGUGAAACAGUAUGAUUCUAAGUAAAUUGUCCAUUCUAACCUACAUGAUCACAAGAAAAAGAUAUUUAGCUCUGCCUGGGUUACCAAGAGUAAACUAGCUUUGGAAGUCAGAAUUCCCAGGAUUUAGACUAACUUCUAGAAAGUUCAAGUGUGAAGUUCUUUGGAUAGCUUCGUAAAAAUAAUUUGUUUCAUUUUUCGCUUGUGCUGGAUUUCUUGAAUUUUAAUCUACCUCAUCUUGUCUUCAGAGUUACUUCUGCCUGUCAUUGCCACUUGAACAUCGUGCUUGACUGGUUGUUUUCUAAGGUGGAUUUUUCCCUUUUGAUAGCUCCUUUUCUUCUGGUUCUCAUUUCACCUAACAUCAUCUCAUAUUGCUUCUCUGUCAAAGACAUGUUUUAAGAUAGUUUAAAGUCUUGUUUUAUGGGAAAAAGUAAUCCUUCAGUGCUAUUUGUCUCUGAGGUCAGUAAGGGAAGGAGUUAAAACAAGGUGUUGGGGGAGGGACGGACCCUGCACUGGAGGCGAAGGCUGACAAGGAAAGAGCCAUUAAUUAAGACAAUUUCAAAGUCAACUGAUUGUGAUCAUUAAUGUCAUAAUAGAUCAAAACCUAAUUAUCACAGUCUAGGUAAGAGCCAUCAGUAUUAAUCGGAAAAUCUAAUAGGAAACUAUUAUCAAGAAAUUAGGCCAAAUUGAAUGCAAUGAACUUUUUAUCUUGUCAUUCUCUAUUUUUUGUGUGUGAUGUCCCUUGGCAUUGACAGGUGUGACCCUAACAGCUGAUCCAAGUCCAAAUGGCCAGCUCAUUAUACUUUUUAAGGAGUACAUUUUGGGGGGUUGGGAACCGUUCAAACUGAACCUGAACUGUCAUUGCUGAAGAUCAGUUUUGAACUUCUUGUCAUUUGGAUUUGUCCAUUGUGAUCAGCCAUUGAUGAAAAAAGUUUAUAUUGUAUUUAAGUCUUGGAAUGGUUCCUGGAACUCGAGUGUCCCUGAUGAGCAUUGUACUGCGUUGAUGAUUUUUGAGCUUCUGUCGUGUAUAGAGAGGCCUGCUGCACUGGCCACUGUGAGGGGCGUGAAGGAAAGCAGCGAGUUUGCCUGGAAAUUAGUUUCCUGUGUCACAACAUUCUCAAGGCUCAAGUCAGUGUUUUCUAGUUCCUGGUAGCUUUAGGAUUCAAUUCUAAACCAGGGCUGGCUGGGGUUUGGUGCCCCUUGCCCCCAACCCCUUGUCCUAGUUUUUGGGUAAGAAAUAGUGGUUUCUACCAGAACCAGAACUCAGAAUAAAACCAAAGUGGGUGGGGAAUGCAUGAACUGGGUUUUUUUCCCCCCCCUUUUGUGUUAAAGAGCUAGGCCUCUGGCAGAGGUAAAGAUAUUACAAGAGUGUAUAUGACGAGUCGUAGAGGUCACCAUUUAUAUUCUUAAUCUCCAGCUGUUUAUGCAAUUCUGGGGGUUGAGCUGAGGCAGAAUGGUUGAGAUGCCCUCUGGGUUGUCCAGGAAGGGUGUGCAGCAGCUGGGGGCUAGCUGGUGUCACUAGGCUUCUGAGCUUUGUGACUCGCAGCCCUGCGAGACUCUACCAAGCCCACCAAUGGGGUAAGGUCUUUCUUGUUCCUACCUGAGAGUAGUCUUGUUUCUUUCUGGGUUUUAGGAAUUUGGGUUAUUCAGUACAAACCUUUUGAGUAAUCAGUGUGACUUAGAUCUUCAUCUCCUAAGUGAUUUUUUUCUUCCCCAAAGGAAUUCAUGUUUUCAGUGUUUAAAAUGUAAUUUUAUUUUCAAAACAUCCACUAACAUAAUUUUCAGAAGCAGUUGGUUUCUCCUAGGUUCCUCACAUUAUACUACAUAAAUAAUAAAUCCUUAGGUAAUACUUGUGGGUUGAUGGAACUCAUCUCCUUUGUGGAGUGAGGUGUACCUGUCAACUUCCUUUUGCUCCCAAGUGUAUCCUGAGAAGUAAAAUACUCUCUAAGAAGCAGAAUAUGAGUUGAGUGGAUGCUAACUAUGUGUGCCAACCUCUUCAACUGAUUUAAUAAUGGCUGACCUUGGGCAAGUCAUUCCUUUCAAUGCCUCAGUUCCCCAUCUGUCAAAUGGGGGUAAUAAUACUGACCUACCUCACAGGGGUGUUGUGAGGCAUUGUAAAUCAAAGUUGAUAGAAUACUUUAGGUUCCUCUGUGGAGGAUUCCUUGAGCCGAAGUUCAAGCCUGACACAGGCUGUAGUCCUCGCUGAGCUGUCUCCAAGUUUGGAACUACUUAGUGACUUUGGCAAACUCUCUGCCCCCCCACCCCUCAUCAAAGCUGCUAGUUCAGAUGUUGACAGUGUUUUCUUGAAUGUUGGAGUCUUUAUAGUUCAGACUUACUUAGGAUGUUACAGGGGAAGGCACUAGUUUCUCCUGUGUCUUGCAUUCACAAAGAGAGACUUUGGAUUAGGGAAUCAUGAGGGAGGGAUGCUACUGCUUGUUUUUCUUUGCAGGUUGGGAAUUAAGUUUCCUUUACCCAUGGAUUUGGAGCCAACAGACUGUCUCAGGAGGGUCUCAGUGGUUUUGACUUUUAUGGCUUUCCAUUCCCCACAAAUGAUCCCAGGACUGCUAGGUCACUGAACCCCUUCAUGCUCCUAAGCCUCCACCUCCUUGUAGGAACUAGAUGGUUCAGUAAAUGUAACCCCCUCCUCAUUCCCCACCAGAAAGAGCUACAUUGGAAUUUCCCCCCAUAAAUAUGUAUAACACUCAAUUAGAAUUGGGCAUUGAUCCUUAAGACUUCAUCCGAUUCACUGUAUUUAGGAUUUGUCAUCUCUUUCUCUGAACCUGACCUUGACCUUUUCCCUCUGGUUUCAGAAACCCUUGGAAGCUAUUUCUAUUUGUCCAGGUGUGGGCUCAAGAACUGUCCUCUUUCCAUCUCAUUUUAGAGACUCUCUUCUUCCCUUCCUUAGUCCUACAUUGGUAACCCAUGAAAAAGCACAAUGUCCUGGCUCCUUGCAGUCACAUUCCAGUUCUCUGUGUUUUGUGGACUCUGCUUCCGCUGUUCACCCGGCACUGGGGGUACUGGAGGAUGGAGAGAGCACAGUCUGACAUCCUGCCAACUAGCCAGGAGUUGACUUGCCCAUGGCCUGCUGGCCUGCCACCACUUCCCACGGGAUGGGAUCUAAGAGACUCAAGAAGCUGGGUUUCUUCCAGCCCUGCACCAUCCUGAGUAGUAAAGUCACACUUUGUAGCCAGGUUUCUGAAUGGAAAUGAGUUGUUGAAUUCUCUAUGGACUUUUUGGUUUGUGGGGGAGUUUUGGUUGUAUUUUAGUUUUAUUUCAGCCAAACAUGUCUGCUUUUGAUUUUUUUAAAAAGGAUAAGUGAUCUAUAUGUAUGUUUGCCUUUUAAAUGUAAAUGUUUAAAAGUAGGCAUUUAUGUGUUUCCACAACUGACAUCCAAUUCAGACCUCAUUCUCUCCCCCUCUUCCACCCUCUUUUCCCUCUUUUCAUACUCUUGUAUUGGUUCUAAUAAAUGGUUGCUUUUCAAAUAUG